GCCAGGAGCCGCAUGGAGGUGGCAGAAAUUCUCUUCCACCUCUGCCAAGAGUGGCGAGGACGCGACUACGACAUGUUCAGUCACAACUGCUGCAGCUUCGGCAGGAGGUUCGUUGAGACUCUCGGCGUGCGUCCACUACCAGACUCUUGGGUCUUCAUUGGUUUAG